AUGGGAUAUAAGAUAUAUUCUAACUCUGACUUAGUUCAAACAGUAACAUGGGCAAACUAUGAAUGGUUCGCUUUGAGAAACUCAGUACCACCACAAGCUAGAGAACAAACAGACCAGUAUGCAAAUAUUGAGAAAAUAAGAAGACUUGACCCUAACGUUCCAGGAGUUUAUGUUAACCUUUCUGGUUCAGAUGGAAAUGCUGCCACUAAAGUAAAACUGAAACUUAGAGUUCCUUUGUCAUCUUUCCUCAUCUUCAGGUUUUUAAGAUACUUGCCAAACUGGGCAGGAAAAAUUUCUAUCGAACUUACUCCAAGCAAAAAUAACUUAGUCAUUGCACCAACACAAGACCCAUUCACUAUUACAGACGUAAAGGGAACAAAUAAAACAUCAUUCGCCGAAUUUUGCAAAGACAAAGUUGACUUAGACUUUGGUUUCUCAAACUUCAACAAUGAAGUAAACUAUUAUUUCAAUGCUGCUGGAGAUGCUUGGGACCCAGUUAAGUUCACAUGCGAAAAGUUUGAAUGCAAGAGAAUAGAAAGCAGACUUGCCGUUUAUAUGUUGGACCCAGAUAUUUCAAAUGCUUUAGCUGCCAAAUAUAUUGCAGUUCCACUUAUGUUCCCUAUACACCAAAUAUCUGUCAAAGACUUUGCAGGUGAAGUUGGAAACCAAAGUGCUGACCCAGGUGCAAGAACAGAUAUUGCUUUAACAACUGCAAUGAAACAUGCAGAUACUAUGUUUGUACUGUUCAGACGAACUAUAAAUGACUAUUCUUGUUUCUACAACCCUGGUAUUAAAUAUCAUAUAAACAUAGAUGGCAAAUAUUAUCCAAGAGAAGAAUAUUCUACAGUUG